AUGGGUUCAAAUGUUAGUUGUAAUGAUAUUGAUAGUUCAUCAAAUAGUAUAAAAACUAAUAGCAAUAGUAUGUCUUUAAUUAGUGAUAAUGUACCUAUAAAUAAUUCAAAUAUCAAUAAAGAAAAAUUGAAUUGUGAAUCAACACAAUCACAUGUUUAUAUUAAAGAUAAAUUUCAAUUAGAAUUUCUUGAUUGUGAUUGUUGUUGUGAUACAACAAAAAAAGUAGUUAAUUAUGAUUUUCAAGGUAUUAAUGUAUUACAAGAUUUAUAUGAAAUGAUUGUAUCACCUGAAUAUAAACUUAAUUGUCGAUGUUCAUGCGGUGAUGAUAUAGGUGAUACAAAACAAUCAAUCAAAUUUAGUCUAACAGGUUCUCCAAAUAUACAGUUAACAUGUGAUGAUCCUGAUCGAUUUAAUCCAACAUAUAGUGACGCAAAAAUAAAACAAUGA